GAACUCUUCUUGAAAAAAAUAAUGCAUAAAAAAUAAAUUCAUUUAUUAUUAUUAUUAUUAGAUCCUAAAAGAAGCGAAAGACAGAGAGAGCAAGUUUCAAGGUUUUCGCACCAAAAAGAAGGCCUUUCUCUCUCUCUCUAAUAUCUCUCUCUCUGUUCUGAUGUUCUCCCCCUUUUCCAAUUUUAGGGUUUUGAAAUGUGGAGGAACAAUGGAACACUCUGAAGAAAUCCCCCUUUCCCAAAAUACUACCGACCAUCCCUCAACCCACGACACCCAGUUAGGGUUUCAGCAUCCACCCCCGUCUUCUUCCUCUUCUAACAAUAAUAGCAAUGGUGAUCCCGAUCCUGAAACUUCUGAUCUCGCUCAUGGGGCAGUCGAGAAGGAGAAGGAGAAGGAUGCAGAUGAAACUGGAGGUACUAUUUGUCAGGAGCUAACGAAUUUGGAAUUGAAGAAGAACGAGGAAGAGCCGGUUCUGAAACCUGAUUUGGAGGAGGAGGAGGAGGAGAAGAAAGAGGAAAAAGAAGAAGAGAAGGAAGAGGAAAAGGUUGCUGACAGGGAUUUGAGUGGUGAAGAAAUGGGGAGCCGGAAUGGAAGUGAUGAUGGAAAUGAGAAUGUGAGUGAGAACGAGAAUGCAAAUGAUGAUGAUGAUGAUGAUGAUGAUGAUGAUGAUGAUGGGAAGAGAGAAGUAGAAGAGAACGAUGAUGAAGAUGGUGGAGUUGGAGAGAAUAAGAGUGGAAAUGAGACUGAGAAUGGAAGUGAAGUAAAUAAUGGUGUCGGUGAGAUGGAGAAGAAGAACGGUUAUGGUGGUGGUAUUCGAAAGUAUCAGUACCCAGUGAGGCCUGAAGCUGAAGAUUGCUCCUUUUACCUCAAGACUGGAACGUGUAAGUUUGGAUCCAAUUGCAAGUUUAAUCACCCAAUUAGAAAGAGAACCAAUCAGGGUGCUAGGGAGAAAGUAAAAGAAAGGGAAGAUUCCACGGAAAAGCCUGGGCAGUCAGAAUGCAAGUAUUAUUUGAGGUCAGGGGGAUGUAAAUUUGGAAAAGCGUGUAAAUAUAACCACACUAGAGGAAAGACUUCUGCAGCACCAUUAGCACCAGUUCUAGAGUUCAACUUUGUUGGUCUGCCAAUCCGAGUGGGUGAGAAAGAAUGCCCAUAUUACAUGAGAACUGGCUCCUGUAAGUAUGGAGGAAACUGCAGGUUUAAUCACCCUGAUCCAACUGAUGCAGCGGCGGGAAGUGAUACUUCUGCAGGAUAUGGUAAUGGUAGACCUGUCUCAUUACAAGGUGCACGACAAUCAACUCUACCAUCUUGGUCUUCUCCGAGAUCUUUGAAUGAGACUGCUCCCUUUAUGCCAAUGAUGCUUUCCCCAAAUCAAGGGGUUCCUUCACAAAAUUCAGAGUGGAAUGGGUAUCAGGCUCCAGUUUAUCUACCAGAUAGGAACUUGCCUCCACCACCUGCAUAUGUGAUGAACAACCCUGUGACUGAAACCAAUAUUUAUCAACACCAUCCGCCCCAGAAAUUAAUGGAAGAAUAUCCAGAACGGCCUGGCCAACCCGAGUGCACUUUCUUCUUAAAAACCGGGGAUUGUAAGUUCAAAUCCAAUUGCAAAUAUCACCAUCCAAAGAAGACUGCUAUGGGAGCUUCCCCAUGUACCCUUAGCGACAAGGGCCUGCCUUUGAGACCGGAUCAGAAUAUCUGCACAUACUACAGUCGGUACGGAAUAUGCAAAUUUGGACCUGCUUGUAAGUAUGAUCAUCCAGUACAGCAGACGCCAACCAUGUCGAGUGUAGAAAAUCAACCUCCUCUUUACAGUAACUUGGCCGGUGAAGGAGCUAGGAGAAGCCGAAAUGAGACUACAAUUCAGCAGUUGGUUUAGUUUAGUUUAGCAUUGGCGGAGGGGAAAGGGGUUGUAGUUUCUUUCUUUUCUCAACUUGAAUUUUCUUAAUAAACCUUUUUUCUUUUUCCUUGGCCUAACUGGCAACUGCCACUUGAGGGAAUGGCACUUUUCACUUAACGAUAUUAUCUAGUAGUAUUUAAUUUACCAAAAUCCUGCUAAAACAGAUAUGUAAAUUAUGUUAUUAUUCAUGUCAGCUUACCAACGAAUAUAAAUGCAAUGCAAUUGAGACAUUUUCAACA